AUAGGUAUGGACUACGCCAGAUGGGAAUGUAUAGGACAGCCGGGCUCAGUCAAUGCUCUGGUCCGGAAUGGGAUGGUCGCUUUUCCCUCCAACUUUAUCCCGAUUUGGCCGUACGGACGCGUGCCUCCGAAAUCUGUACAGUAAAUAAAUCAUAAAAUAAAUUAAUUUAUAUUAUUAUUUUUACAUAAACUUUUACAACUAAGUUUUUAACUUUCCGAAUAAAUUUUCUUUAUUAUUUAUUAUUUUAUUUUACGAGUGUACUAUUUUCUGUGUGUUAUUGUGACUGCUAACCAUUAAUAAAUUAUGAGAUAGAUAGUAAAUUAAUUUUUUUGAAGAUUAAAAUAACAAAAAAAAAACAAUUUUUUUUUAAAUUUAUUUGUUAGUUAAAAAUAACAAAAAAAUAACUUUGAAGUGAUUAAGAACUUUAUUCAUUGGAACUAGUAGGUAAACUUAAAAAGUGACUUAAAUACUGGAUUUUUAAAUAUUUUCGUGCAUUUUUUUUAAAAUGACACUAACAUGACGUGAAUGUGAAAGAAAAUUAUUUGAUAUUCUUCGAUAUUGACUGAUUAAUAUCUUUGUUGUAAUGAAGAUUCACUUUCAACGGAUGUAAUGUGAUCCAAUGCUUAUGGAAGACAUCAAUUUAAUAAAUGCAAGAGAAGCUAAGUACACAAGAAAGCACACAAGUAACAUGAUCCACUGAAAUUCAAAAUGGAGUCGACGGAAGAAAUCUACAACAUAUGUCUAAACCUAACCAGCGAAGAAUCCAGCCUAGUAGGAUGCAACUAUAGCAUAGAAUUCAAAAAUGACGAUCUACUCGAGAAGGUCGUAUCAAGGGUUGUGCCAAUUUUCUUCGGAUUUAUAGGAAUAGUUGGAUUAGUUGGCAACGCGUUAGUGGUAUUAGUCGUCGCUGCCAACCCUGGGAUGAGAUCCACCACAAAUCUACUAAUAAUAAACUUAGCGGUUGCCGAUUUGCUCUUUGUAAUUUUCUGUGUCCCGUUUACUGCUACAGAUUAUGUCAUGCCUAGAUGGCCGUUCGGGGAUCUGUGGUGUAAAGUUGUGCAAUACUUCAUUGUAGUGACUGCCCAUGCUUCAGUGUACACCCUCGUUUUGAUGUCUUUAGACAGGUUCAUGGCAGUUGUCCACCCUAUCGCUUCCAUGUCAAUAAGAACAGAGAAGAAUGCGUUGCUAGCGAUAGCAUGUAUAUGGGUGGUGGUCUUAACUACAGCUAUUCCUGUAGGCAUAUGUCACGGGGAGCGGGAGUACUUCUACUUCCAUAGAAACCACUCUUCCUGCGUGUUUCUGGAGGACCAAGGUUAUAGCAAACUGGGUUUCCAAAUGUCCUUCUUCUUAUCUUCUUACGUGAUACCACUGGCGUUGAUAAGCGUGCUGUACAUGUGUAUGCUGUCAAGGUUAUGGAAGAGUGCUCCAGGAGGGAGGGUGUCUGCGGAGAGCAGAAGAGGAAAGAAGAAAGUCACCAGGAUGGUGGUCGUGGUUGUCGUCGUAUUCGCCGUUUGCUGGUGUCCUAUACAGAUAAUUCUACUAGUGAAGGCGUUACAAGCGUACAACAUAACUUACUUCACGGUGACAGCGCAGAUAGUGUCACACGUGCUCGCGUACAUGAACAGCUGCGUCAACCCCGUGCUCUACGCGUUCCUGUCCGAGAACUUCAGGAUCGCCUUCAGAAAGGUAAUGUAUUGCCCGCCACCCUACAACGAUGGCAUGUCCGGUCGACCUCAGCCUACGAAAACGACACGCACGGGCAACGGUAACUCUUGCCACGACAUCGUCUGAGAAUCGAUGCGCAGUCGUACGCACAUCGCACCAGAGCAAGCCACUAUUGUAUAAGUGUAUAAUCCAUGCGUGCGGCUCGAAAUCACUUGUAUAUUGUGUGAUUCUAGACAUUAUUUGGACUUUUUAACCGUGACAUAAAUUUUAUCUAGUAAAUAAAAGAAAUAAUGUUUAUAUAUGACACUUUUAAUGUUUAGAAAUACAGUGUAUAAUUCAGUUUAUUUGUUUUUUGAAUAAUUACUUGUUUUAACUAUUGUGAUAAUGGUUUAAAUGCAAUAGUUGUAGAAAAAUAGGAAAUCUGCUUUUUUAUUUGAUCACCUACUUACACAAAUCAAUUAUAAUCUGUAUAUAAGUAUACUUCAUAGCUAUUUUUUCUUUAAUCUUAGAUAAAUGAAAUUUGUGAAUCUGUUACAGAGUAGAGUUGUAGAAAAUUACGUGUAAACAAUCAUAGUGUAUAAUAGAUGUUUAUAUGUAGAAAGAAUAUUUAGAUCUAUAUCUUUAUUUUAAAAAUGCAGUAAAACUGUUAAGUAUUACAAAACUUAACAAAAGUACAAUUU